GCAGAAGGUGGGAGGGUUGUAGAAAUCGGAUAGAAUUUCCUCGUCUGAAGCUGGGGGCUGUACAUACAGGCAAUAUGCCCCGGAUAAUUCGCACCCCAAAAUACGGAUCCUGGUUUCGCCCCUCCAGGACGGAGAGCAGCGCAGAAUGGCGGGCCCAUUCCCGAGGGGACAGGGGCCGAGGGCACCAAAAUAACGGUGAUAGCAUUCUCCGAAAAUUCCUCGAAAAUGGUGCCACCACAAUAGCAGCUCUACUUAUGGUUGGUGUCGGGGGCUAUUCAUACCAUGUCUUCUACAAACGCUUGGUGCUACGGAAGAUUGACAAUGCUUUCUCCGCCGGAUUCUCCACUCUUGAGCUGGCAGCUCUCGCACAGCACGGGUACUCUCGAGAUCGAAGCAAUGAGCCCGCAAAUGACGAACAAAAAUUCCGCAUUGUGAGACCGGAACAGGCGACGAUUGAUGCUAUUAUCAGGGGUAACGCGAGAGGCAACUACUAUCUACUCUUCGGUGAAAAGGGUACCGGUAAAACGUCGAUGUUAUUGGAGUCGAUGCAGAAAGUACAGGGAGAUGGUGUUGCCAUGCUGGAAGCUCAUGGAGACGUGGAAGUCUUCCGCCUUCGGCUGGGGAAAGCGUUGGACUAUGAAUACCAUGAAGACUAUAUUGGCGGGAUGUUUAGCAUCCGAGGACCACGCGAUGCAACGCCCUUGCUUGAUAUUGAGCGUGCGCUAAACAAGCUUGAGAAAGUUGCCCUCACGCGAAAGAGUAUCCGGGACAGGCCGUUGGUUUUAAUUAUCAACAACAUCCACUAUCUUCCGGACAACACGGAGGGACAACAUUUGUUGGAUCUGUUGCAACAGCGCGCUGAACUAUGGGCUGCGAGCGGACUGGUUACGCUUGUCUUUACUAGCGACCAAUAUCGUAACACCGAAAUGCUUCGCUUACAUGCUACGCGGCUGCAGGUUAUGAAUAUCCAGGAUAUUCCCAAAGACAUGGCAAUACAGUCCUUAAAGGCCUUCCGCGAGAGAGCAUUUGGCGAGCGCUCCCCAAGCAGUACCUUAGAUCAAGUCUAUAACUUAGUGGGAGGGCGUUUAAUCUUCCUAGACCAGGUUGCAAGGACAAAGGACAUGCUCAAAACCGGUCAAUCCAUCUGUGAGAAAGAGAAGCGAUGGCUCCUCUGCAAAUGCUGGAUUCUCGGAGGGGAAAUGGAUGAUAAAGCGGAGGAUCAGCAAGAUUAUUGCGCUGCCGCCAUGUUGCUGGCCCAGGCCUUGGUGGAGAUAGGAAACAACCCUUCGGAAAAGCCGAGUAUUCCUGGGCUGCCGGGGAUUCCCUUGCACAAGGCCCAGGAAUUGAUGACGCGAGCAGACUUCAUUCGCAAACUAGACCAAAUGAACAUUAUUGCGAUAGAUGCCGAUGCAGUGGUUCGAGCAGACUCUGUGCCGAUGCAAAACGCCUUCAAAGCGGUUUGUAGUGAGCCAGGAUUUGCAGAGCAUUUGAAGGCCACACUCGAUCGACUAGAUGAGCUGGAGAGUCUUGGAAGGACCACUGAGUUGACAAUGAAGGAUUUGUGUGACGGCGAAUAUGAAAUUCGAGUACAAGGACACGGAGGGAAGCAUGAUACGUUUCUGUCUAUUCAGAAGAAGCAGCAGUAGAGAACCUAGCAGAGGAUUUACAUGAUUAUCCAACAACCCCGUGCUUGUUUAUGGGUAGAUGGCGGCUGAGUUCUGCUACUAUUUGAGGAAACCGAAAUUCAUAUUAGUCAAUAGUAAGUAUAGAGUAACUAUCAGUUCGUCUACAUAUCGGAUUCCCAUAAUCUAACUCAAUCC